AUGUAUGAAAUAAAGUGCCUUGUCAAAGAAAUUGUAGAGACAGGAGAUGUAUUGCUCAAGGUGAAUGGGACUGAUGUGAACCGGUUCACGACAAGGGAAGUUUUAAAAUGUUUACGACUCUCGUCGGAUCCCGUCACAUUACGGCUGAAAAAGGAUCCACAAAUCAAAGCAAACGUAAGGAGAUACCUCACAGCCGCCGCCGAGCGACGGAAUAGUGGUCCCCGGAUUAAAACUGAAAAACCGGACUCUCCAAUAUCCAGCAAUUCAAACAGCAACUCGUCUAGCAAUUCGUCGAGCAACGGGUCGGGAGUUCAGUCGGGCGAAAGCUGUGAAGCUCUUCUAACAGGAGACAGGCUUCGACCGAGGGCUAACCAGCCCAAAUUCGAAGCCUACAUGAUGACAGGUGAUCUGAUGUUGAAUCUGUCGAGGGUUGAACAUCCACAUCACAAUCAUCAUGCGCCAACACAUAGAACACAUUAUCACAGAUAUAAUUCAACACCGGCGUCCCCGAGUGAGAACAGAAUAGCAGCGCGAGUCGAACUAUCCCACAGACACAAUUCCUCACCAGACACAGGCUUGCUUGGGGAACAUGCCAAAUUAUAUAACUCUCAACCUGCGUCUCCGGCAGGCGGCGCCACAUCUACGGGUGAAUUAUCAUCACGAACACAGCAACAGAUUGUUCGCACUUCACGCUCAGAAGAUCACUUACAGAAGGAGUCAUCUCUAAGCGCUGUGGCGGUAGAUAUGGAAGAGGAUGUGACGUCAUCGCUCAACACACUGUUGGACGCGCGACCGGAUUCCGCCACACCCGGACCUAGAUCUGACUCGGAUGAGAGAGACAGGAUCGUAUGGACCUACAACGCGCCGGUGUCUCAGUGCAAUGGUUCGGCCACCACUUCCAACUCUACCUCCAUAUCUGAUGGGAUCUCACAGCGGUCUUCGUCACCCGCGUCUCCAACGUCAGCGUCAUGGUCCGCCUUAUCCCCACCGCAUAGACAACACCUCGCACCGCAACACCAUCGCACACUUAAUGGUGACAUGAGCCUCUCAGAGGCCGUGUCGAAUAUAUCUAGUCCAGACUUCCAAGACCAAGAUGACAUGUUUGAAACUGGCCGGGAAUGUCCUCGCAUGGAAUUAUCCGAUCCCUCAGAUUCGGAUUCCACGAUUCUGGUUUCCGAACCUUGCCACAAACGUGCAAAAUCGGCAACUUUAUCCGAUACCAGUGAUGUAACACUUAACGGCGCGGACAAAGACUAUAGAAUAGUGAUACAAGUGAAGGGGCCGGAUAAAGGCAAUAAUAAUGACAAUUUGAAUAAUAACAAUAAUACAAAUUAUUCUCAAAAUGGAAAAGAGAAUGGGUGCACAUCGCCGGAGAAUCAGGGUUAUCAGGAAUUAGCUUCAGACGCGGGCUCUGACGAAGGAUCUGAUGUGGACUCUUUGCACUCGUUCCAUUAUAGUCCGAAGGCAGUGGAUAUUCCAUCGGCUGAAAGGCUCGCUAAGCGGCUUUACCACCUUGAUGGCUUUAAGAAGUCAGAUGUAUCGAGACAUCUAAGUAAAAACAACGACUUCUCGAAAGCAGUAGCAGAGGAAUAUGUAAAGCAUUUCGAAUUGACGGGCGCGACGCUAGAUGUCGCUUUACGGACGUUUUUAUCAAGAUUCGCGCUCAGCGGGGAAACCCAGGAGAGGGAACGAGUCCUGGUGCAUUUCUCCCGGAGAUAUUUGGAAUGUAAUCCAGGCUCUUUUAAUUCACAAGAUGCCGUACACACAUUAACCUGCGCGAUAAUGCUGCUAAACACGGAUCUUCACGGAUGCGGCGGCGGCUCAUUUCGUCGGAUGUCCUGUGCGGAGUUUAUAGACAAUUUAGCAGAUCUCAAUGAUGGCGAAAACUUCCCUCGGGAGACGCUAAAACAGCUUUACUAUGCUAUACGAACUCAGCCGCUACAAUGGGCGUUAGACUCAGAAACCCCAGCGGCAGCGAGUAACGAGAAUCGAAACAAUGGUGGUGGAACUAACCCAUUCCUUCAUGUGCCGGACCAGAGUCGGGCAGUCGAGUACAAGAAGGGUUAUGUCAUGCGAAAGUGCUGUGUCGAGCCUAAUGGGAAAAAGACUCCAUUUGGCAGAAGAGGUUGGAAAAUGUUCUACUGCACUUUGCGAGAUUUAGUGCUGUACCUACACAAGGACGAACACGGAUUCAGACGGAGUCAGAUGUCCGAUAAUCUUCACAAUGCAAUACGAAUACAUCACGCGUUAGCCACAAAGGCAACAGAUUACACGAAAAAGCAACACGUGUUCAGACUACAGACUGCGGAUCAGGCCGAAUACUUAUUUCAAACAAGCGAUUCAAAGGAACUAAACUCCUGGGUGGAGACGAUAAACUUCGUGUGUGCUGCAUACUCAGCACCACCUUUAGCGGGCGCAGUCGGGUCACAACGCAAGUUUCAAAGGCCGCUACUGCCCUGCUCACAUACUAAGCUCUCUAUGCGGGAACAGUUAGCGGAUCACGAGGAGCGCGUGUCACGUUUAGAAGAGGAACUAGCAGCCUUGAGACACGCGAGAGAUCACUCCAAAGAACAACAGCACUGUCGAGAUAAAGACCACUAUCUCGUCUAUGAAAUAAAAAGAUACCGCACAUACGCGUACGUGAUGCGCACGCGCAACGGUGGCACCGGCGCCGAGGAGAGCGCGCCUGCUCUGCCCGAGCGCAACGAGAGGCCUCCGUGA